UCGCGCGCCUGUGCUGCGACGCCGUCACGUUUGGUCCCGUCAGCGGCGCGGGCGCACUGCGUCACGGCGACAGCGGCAGGGUCGAAGUAGUUGCGCAUUUCGGAAUCGGAGUUUAUGGGAUAUCAAUGUGGCACUCCGCAGCCGUGUGAGUCGUAAGUGUUUGUUGAACUGCGCCGUUUCCAUCAGAAUAAUGAGCAUCUCUUCCACUGAGGUUACUUCCUGUUAUUGCCUUACCUGUGCGGUCAGUUUGCUGGAUCCCGGUCUUUCUGCUGUAGCUCUGUCUAGAGUCACACAGAGUGCCCUUCUAAAAUGGAGGAGUUAGCUCUGUUGGACUUGCUGGAGUGUCCUCUGUGUUUUGGGCAGCUGGACGAGUCAGCCAAGGUCCUGCCCUGCCAGCACACUUUCUGUAAGUCCUGCCUGCAGAGGCACGAGGCAUCCCAUUCCCAGCUGCUAUGUCCCGAGUGUCGCACUCCUGUCCCGGACAGGUCAGUGGAGGAACUCCCUGCUAACCUCUUGCUAGUUCGGCUCCUGGAAGAGCUCCAGGGCCCCACGGGGCCUAGAAGGACCGGACAGUCUGCCCGCUACACGGUGCCCUUGGUGAGGGACAGCUCGGCAGUCAGGGAAGGUCAGCAGCAGGAGUCUCUGGGCACUCAGUACAAAGACAAGCAAGGGUACAGUGAGGCCGCUGGCAGAGCUCUGCACAGCCUCCAGGGGGACACCCCGGGAGAGCUGGUCCUGGCCCCUGGAAGCAAUAUCACCCUGAAACACAAGGUGGAUGAGACCUGGCACCGCAGAGAUGGUGACGGCGGCGGUGGGUCUGUCACUUCCAACAUGCUGCUGGGUGUCAGCCAGUCCCAGCCGCUGGCUCUCUGCAGGGCGCUGUAUGACUUUAACCCCAAAGAGACGGAUCUGGAGGACUGUAAAUAUUGUCUCAGCUUCCUCAAGGGAGACAUCCUCACUGUCAUCCGGCGGGUGGAUGAACAUUGGAUUGAAGCAAAACUAGGGGACAAAGUUGGAAUUUGCCCUGUGCAGUUUACAGAGCCAAACUCAGUGGCUGCCAAACUCCUGGAGGGAAAGAGUCGGAAGGGAAGUGACUCAGCAGAUUUUUACCAUCGGACUGGGAGCGGGGGCAAAGAUAAGGCCACUGAAGCAUCCAGCAGGACCACCCAUUUUGGAGCCCUUAAAGUCCCAGCAAAGACCUCCAUGAUCAAUGCUGUGCCCCUCCCCAACCAUCGAAAACAAACCAGUGUUAGCAGCACUUUGUACCAUACGAUCAAAGGACAGAUCACCAACAUCAGCCCCUUCAAUAGCCUCAACCAUCAGGGUCAAGCUCCCCACCUCUCUGCCACCCAGGGCCCCGCUCAGCCCUCAAGGGUGACCUCCCAUCACAUGAAGCGCCACCCUGACAGCGCACACAGACACCUGUCACAGGGUGAGAGGAGGAUGUCCAGUGAGAUUCCGCCCACCAUCACUAUGGCUCUGGUCAACCCCCAGAUGAUGUCUGCCUCCGCCGACAGUAAAAGCUCCACCCAGCAGCUCUCCAUCAAUGUGUGUGCUGUCCUUUACUCGUAUAAGCCACGUCAACCUGAGGAGCUGGAGCUGAGGAAGGGGGAGAUGGUGGGAGUGUACGGCAAAUUCAAGGAAGGCUGGCUGCGUGGACUGUCUCUCAGAACAGGCAAAGUGGGCAUCCUGCCUGGCAACUAUGUCACUCCUGUGCUCAGAACAUCAGCCAGACUCCUGGAAACCAAAGCAGCCUCUACAUCCUCCAGCACAACAGCUGGAAAGAGACCUACAACCUCCAAAAAUCCUGCUUUCGUCCUUGCUCUCGACAGGGUAAAUGUGGAUGGAACCACACACUCAACAGGACAGGUACCAUCUGUCCCAAACGGAGCGCAGAACUCGAUGUCAUCCGCUGGCGCUGGAAAAUCUUCUGUGUACGCGAGUUCACAGGGUUGGGACACUGUGAGACGCGUCUUUAAUCCACAUAGAGGUUCAAACCACUCCACCCAUGCUUCCAAUUCAAUUCCCCCAACCAACUCGCAGCACUUUGCACAAGUCCAGGCGUCUGGUUACUCACCUGUCUUGCAAAGGAGGAAAAACAACCACAUCCUGUCAAACCUUGGCAGACCACAGGGGUGGAUGUCUGAUUCAACAGCGCCAUCUGCUGCUGCAAUCCUCAAGGACAGAGACUUGUCUACCUCUCAGGAGGCAGCAUUUCAGCAUGACAGACAGCAUGCAAACGGCCCUCACUCCAUUCUCGUCAGACCCGACUCACACAAGAACAGUGCAGACAAGCCUGCAAAGUCAGUGCGGUUUCUCACGGAGGACGACCCCCCUCCUCCAAGACUCCGGACCUCCUCCUGGUCUUCUGGGAAUCAGGGUGCCUCCAUUGGCCGUUCUGGCCCCCCACCCCUAGAAGUGUGGGCCCCCUCACUCACCCUGGGAAGAGAUGGACCUGGGAUCAUCCUCAAAGAGGGCAAGGCUCCUGUUCUGAGGAAGGGCCUGGAGACAGUCAUCUCAGAUCUGAAUUCCAACCAGCAGAAACCUCUUUCAUCACAGUCAUCGUUACCAGCAGUGUCAGCUCAGUUCAGCCCCAGCAGACACAGAGUGGCGACAACAUAUUUAGCCCAGAUGGACUCUGAACUCAGUCUGCUGCAAGGAGAGCUUGUCCUGGUCCACAGGCCGCGACCUGAUGGACGGGUUCUGGUUACUCAGGAGAGCAGCAGACAGACAGGCUUAUUCCCUAGCAGUGUUUUACAAGUCCUGGAGAGGCUCAGCUGACUCUGUAGUAGUACUGUAGGAGUGUAUAUUUCUAUAUUCCCUGUGUUCAAACUGCCAAAUGACAUGACCAGCCUGUUGAACAGCAGAAGGCCUGCGUGUGUUGUGUCCCAUAGGUCAAUACUGCCAAAUGAAUCCUGCAAAGGAGAUGUGUUGUUUUUGUCUGUCCUUGAGAUUUUGAGUGCAUAUGAGAAUGUGGUUAAAUUUUCAGAGAUAUUUUUGUGCCCUCCAAUGUAUGUGCAUGUUUGUUACACAUGUACUAAUAUAAGAUUUGCACAAAAAACCCACCUUAUGACUGUUCCCUGUUUAAUACCCAUGUUACACGCAUUGGUGAGUGCCUUUGUCAAAACCCACAAAGAAAACUAAUAUAUUUAGCAGAUUAUAUGAAGUAAAAUCUAUAUAUGUAACUGCUUAUGUCAAUAAAUAAUGCUUCCAAAAUAUA